AUGGCUGUAUACUUCAGGGCUGGCUCUGAUGGGAACUGUUCCACCUUUAACUGUAAUGGAGUAUUGCCUGUUGAUUCCAUUGCCAGAUUUAAGUAUGUUCUUAUCAACCCAGCGAACUAGACAGUUGUUGGUUGUCUCGGGUCCAACAAUAUCACUCUUUACUCUUUGAAAAACCCUGACAGCAUUAAUGAUGUUCUUGCGGGAAGGUCUGCGGCCAUGACUGUCAUAACAUCUGUUCUGUGUGCCUUCUUGGCCUUGCUGCUGCUUAUCAUGAUUAUCUACACCCUUUGCUGUCGGAAUGAGAAACAGACCAUCCAAGUUCCAGGAUCAUUGCGCAUGUAUGCCGCUCGCAACUUGAAGGAUCCGCCCUCCUAUGUAAACCCUGCUUAUGAGGAUGAGCCAAAGAGAACAAGAGCUACAGCUACACUGAGCUACAAGAGCUACACUGACUAUGAUUUGCCAAAACCAGCCACAGAAUUGUAGUGAGGGUUUGAAAGAGGAAAAUGUUGCAUUUAGUGGUCCAUUCAUGAUCAAUAUGUUUAUGAUAUUACGGCUGGGGGAGAAUGCAAAUUAAUAACUAGUUUGAUGGCUAUUUAGAAGUCUACUUUUGUUAUUUCAUUAAAAAUAACUUGAGUUGAGCCAUGUUUAAAAUACAAUGCUAAA